CGUGUACCAAAAACAAUUCUCCAUAUUAUCUCAACUCCCAAAUUCUAGAGGAACCACUCCAUCAAGUCAAAUUCAUUAAAAUUUAAAUCUAUACCAAAGGAAAACAAUUAUCGAAAUUGACUCAUCUGCUCCUCACAACUUAGAAUGGUCCGCCACAAGAAAGACAAUUUCUCAUCGCGGGGCAAAAAGUUCUCGAGCGGUCCUCGACGAGGCCCUCCCCGCGAAGGCGGCGAUGGUUCUUCCUCCGAUGGGAGACCUCCUUACAAAGCAGCCUGCUGGGAUCUCGGACACUGCGACCCAAAACGAUGUUCUGGCAAACGGUUAAUGCGUCUGGGUUUAAUGCGAGAUUUGCACGUGGGACAAAAAUACGCAGGCGUUGUCGUCUCACCUAACGCCAAGAAAAUCGUCUCCCCAGCAGAUAAGGAAAUUCUCGAAGCGUAUGGUGCGGCCGUGGUAGAAUGCUCCUGGGCUCGACUCAAAGAAGUGCCGUUCAACCGCAUUGGAGGCAAAUGCGAACGUCUCCUGCCCUACCUCGUUGCCGCAAACACCGUCAAUUACGGACGCCCAUGGCGACUCAACUGCGUCGAAGCGCUCGCCGCAUGUUACUACAUCUGCGGGCACCCAGACUGGGCAGAGUCUAUCCUAUCGCAUUUCUCAUACGGUGAAGCCUUUCUCGAGAUCAACGGGUCAUUACUGAAGCGCUAUGCCGCAUGCGAGACAGAAGAGGACGUCAAGAAGGCAGAGGAAGUCUGGCUGGACAAGAUUGAGCGCGAAUACGCCGAGAACCGCGAAGAAGCACAAGACGACGAUAUCUGGAAGACGGGAAACACCAAUCGCCGAGUCAUUGCAGAUGACGAUGACGACGAGUCCGGAUCCGGAUCCGGUUCUGAAGACGACGAGGACAAUGAAGGGCCAAAACAAACGCGCACUCUCGACCUUCCACCCACCGACGACGAAGAAGACGAAGACGACGAGGCAGAAAUGGCUGCCCUUCGACAAAAAGUCCUCAAUUCAAAGGCAUUUGGCGGUGGAUCAGGCUCAGCGUCCCAAUCGAAUACCAACGCGCCAUCAUCAUCUGCCCAAAAGCAACCAAAUGACUACAGCGGGACAGGCGUCGGCGCAAAACACGACAAAGCCCCACAGUCUUCUAACGAUAGCAAAGGACGUGUCCUCGUAGGCGACGAGUCCACCGGUGGUCCCUACGUUGUCGACUAUUCCAAGGGACGCUCAACGCAUAUUCCUCGCGGUCCCGGCGCGGAAGCUACGAAUUUCCAACCUGAUUCGGACAACGAGGGUAAUUAUUCCAGUACAGACGACGAGGAAGACCAGGAUGACGAAGAUGAUGAAUUUGAUCGUAUCAUCGACGCCACGCCCGUGACGGACAGGUCGGGUAUUCAAGCCAAGCAGCGUGCUCGAGAGAGGGACAGCCAGAUUAGUGCAGUCUUUUCGAGAACGUCCCUUUCUGCGCCGAAACGGUGGUGAUUUGUGUCUGUUCCUUUUCUUUCCCUCUUUUUUCCCCUGCCAUAUUCUCUCUCUUUCAUUUCAUUUCUAUUUUUUUUUAAAUGCCAUAUAUCAUUCAAAAGUGUUGAGAGACGCAAGAGGCAACAUGUAAAAACCAUGUUUCGCGAUAUAAGUACCCUGGCGUUAGGAUAUCCAAAG